GAAUUCACUGACUUCCUCAAAUGUUUCCUUAUAGGGAGCAUAGAGGAAUAACUUGAUGAGAGGGAAUGCCUGCUUGUUAAAUUGUGGUUUGCUACUUGGGAAGUGGGAUUGAUUUUUUUUAAAAAAAAAAACCUGGUUUGAGCUACAUGAAAUCAAGAAUGAAGAGUUCCCUGCCAGAUGCUCCAGUAGCAAGAAAUCAGGAAAUUGCUGGCAAGUGUGGGGAAUGUAAAAAACAUUGUAAAGUGUUAGCUCUUGUGGUGAGCUGUCAACAGCCACCACUCUUAUGUCUGUCUUGACCAUGGGUCCUUGUCCACAUGAAGAAGAAAUAACUUGGCCAAAUAUUUGCACUAUUUUGCCAUUAUUAAACACAUUCUAAGAGUAGUGUGAUAUGAGCAGAGUCUAUUUCAUCCUGAGUUCUACUCUGUUUUGACAAUGGUUUGUGGCAGACACAAAUUGGAAGGAUUUCUGCCUUUUGCAGACUUUGUGCUGGAUGGUGGAAUAAUAGGAAGUUCAGGUAAUGAAGACUACAGUGCUCCAAAUUUAGGUCCUGUCUCCUGGGAUAUUAGAAUCCUUACGCACAUAUGAUCACUGAGAUGUAACCGAGCUUAUACCUGGCCUUCCUUUGGCUGCUUGUUGGAAAGCUCAAGAGAUUUUUAGGGAAAUGGUAGAAAGACAGAGGUAGAUGACCUAUUUUACUUUAAAAUACAUUAUUUUUCCAGCAUUUUAACUGGUCACAAUCACACAAGCUGCUGCACACAAAUAAACAAUGCUAAAGGAGCCCAGAAUUAAUGUCAGGAGCUAGUUAAGCAUGUUAAUAAAGUGGUACAAAGACAUGAUGGCUUGUACUGAGUCAAGAGUGGGAAAAGUGGUCCUCUGGGCUGGUGUUAAUGCAUUCUAAAUUGUAUGUUGAUGUGUAAUGCUGGAGCAGAGAAGGAAAAGCUGCUUUGCUUCUUGCUCUUGAGAUGACUCCUUGUCCUUUCUCAGGCAUUCUAGUUGCUCGUGACAAUUUUCAGUGGCAAGUAUUGGCCCCCGGCUGAGCAAUUGUAAAGUUCCCUGAUCCAAAUAGCAGGACGCUUUCUAAAACAAGACUGGGAAAAAACAGUGUCUCCUCCUGUGCUCGAAGUCCUUCCAGUUGUGUGGCUGGGUUGUGCUAGUUCCUGCUUCCCCUCAUAGGCCUUGAGAAGGUGCCUGUGUAUUGGGAGGAAGUGUUUCUUUAAGUUUUCCAUAUCUGGGAAAGAUGGGUCAGUUUUAAAGUUGUGAAAGACUGUGUUCUUAAUCAGAUACUGUGACCUUGCAGUCCUGUUCCCACUGCUGUGUUUAGCUGAAUCUAAGAGGAUGGGGAAAAAGCAGUAGAAAUUCUAAAAUAAAGACUAAAGAGCUCUAGAGUUUGAACAUGAGUUGGCAGUUGCUGACAGGAGUUUAGGGCUGGAUGAGCAAGUGACCAUGAGUCAGGGAGAAUUGAACAGAACACAUGGUUGGAGAUGGAGGUAAUAAGCAAAACUAGACAUGGAAGUAAAUAAUAAACAUGGAAAGGAAAUUUGUAUGUGAAGGCUUAAGCAUUAAAAGAGGGAUAGAUUAUGGCUUGACAACCUUAAUCCUCAUAUUUUCAGCCUGAGCAGUUUUUUUCGUGUGCAAGAAAAUUCUGAGAAACUAUUUGAAGGCAGUCUUCACAGGCACUUCAGAGUAUCCUUUCAGACACAGAUGAGUAAUGUUUAUUUGGAAGCUUCUGAGGAUUGUGGGAUGUAUAACUAGGAAAUAAAUCAGAUAAAUGUGUUAAACUAGGUUAAGCAGUCCUGUGUAUUGCAGGGUUAGUUGAAUGGAAACAGAUAUCUAAUGGUUCAUGAGGUUUUAUGCACUGCAACUGGCUAUUGGCUAAAGCUUGCCCUGAUCUCUGAAAAAUAACAACCUUCCUUUUGCUACCAAGAGAAAUCAAUUAUACUAUGCAGUGUCAUGAGCUGACAAUGAGAUUGGAAAACUGAAUGGAAACAGCAGACGCUUUACUGCGUUUGUAGCCUGAGCCUUGCUAAAUAUGAUUUUGAUUAGAGCAGGACUUGUGAGCUCUGUCUGUGAGCUUGCUCCCUCGUGGCCAGAAACUACAAAUGCAUGAAAAUUAUUCUUCUCCAGGGCAAGCAGUGACAUUCCUGUCCUACUCUUACCAUAUCUGGCAGCAGAGAUUUUUAAAGAGAACAAAAACGAGUCUUACAAUCUUCUGUUGAUUUCCUGCAAACUAUUUUAGUGUAGUUCCUGCCUUAAACCUGUAAAUUCUGGCUAACCCACUGUGUGUUUCAGCAGUCUUGCUCCAAUGUUUUAAGCACCUGGUAGACCCAUCAUGAUCCUAGGUGAAGCUAUUCAUUACUCUUAGAGGUAUUUUUUUUGGAGAUCUGUGCUGACAGUGAUUAAGGGACUGUUGGCCAUUAAAAAUGGAAGAAACAAGGAAGCUUUCCCCAAAGCUGAGUAAAAGCAAAGAGCCUGUGAAAACAGAAUGGGGAUCUCAGAGCGUGGUGUUCACCUAUUUCCAAGGGGACAUUAACAGCAUGGUAGAUGAACACUUUUCUAGAGCUCUCAGCAAUGCCAAGAGCCCCCGAGACCUGAGCACAAAGCACAAGGUAGACAGCAUGUCUCCCCAUCAGUGGAAUUUCUCUUCACAUUGCUGCAAAUCAUAUCCAUCAUCUUCUUCAACAAGCAUGGCAAAUUCUGCUCUGAAUUGUUCUGCUGCUGGUGUGGUAGGCCAGUGCCAGCCAUCAUCUCUGUGUAGUCGUCCAGCUCAACCUGCAGAUUUAUGGCCCUUCCUUCCAAUUGGGACUCCCAGUGUAACCAGUUCAGUGUAUCCUCACACCCUCCCUGACCUGCAUGCAGCUGAUGAGCUGAUCUCUGACAGGAAAUACAGUUCUCUUCUUGGCCUUCUGCAACAGGAAAGGUGCUUAACAUCCAUGCAAGAAUGCACCAUGAAGCAACACUCAAGUUCUGCUUGUAUGACUGGAUCUGCAAGGUUACAAAAUAUGAGUCAAAGUUCAGCUCCUGGGGGAGAGAGGAAAGCAAACUCUUACCAAGGCUCAGAAAAUCCCAGUGUAAGCCAUGCCACUCCAGGUAUUCAGCUUCAUGACAGAAGACGAAAUUUGUACUUCUAGCACCUGAAUGUUUCCACUUUGUUCUGAAAGAGAAAGUUAUUUCAGUGAACAUUUUAUUAUUUGCAACUGUGAAUCAAGAAGAAACCAACUGCAGCUAAUCCCAUGUUUUUUUGCUAAGCUGGAGGAAUACGUGUACUAUUUACUGUUUGGAGAAUGACAAAAUAACCCUUUUCUAUACAGUAAAUAAUUUCUAAUGUUUUUGCUGUUAAUUUGGCAGUAUGUUUGUUGUGGUGAUAUAUUGUUUAUUUAAGGCUUUACAUGUAGCCCUCUGGAAAGGACUCCUGCACUUUUUAAUUUUUGUGUUUAUUAAUUUAACACCUCCUGAUAAGAAGCACAAUUCUUAUCAAUACAGCUGAUAACCUGUAAAUACAGGGAUGCAGUUAGCAUAAAUUCAGUGCUGCAGCUUUGUAGCUUGAUUUGAUACGUCCAUGUUGCUUAAAAUAGUCUUAGGCCGCUGACAAGAGACUUCAACCACAGGUCAGCAAAGCAACCAGAGAAGCAAAGAAAUUAUUGUAUUUAUGUUUCAAAAGUGCAGCAAUUUAUGACCAUACUGGCAAUUCCUAGGAAUACUCUUCAGAAGUUUGUUAUAUACCUAUGCCUGAAGGCUCUGUUUUGCCUUCUCACCAAUAUAUAAUCAUCCUCUAGAAAGCUGUGAAUUCACAUUAGCUCUGAGAGGAAACCUAGAUUCUCAUUGGGUUCAAUUAAAAUACCAUUCAGCAAAAAGCUGCAGGUAGGAGUGUUCUAUUUUCCCAGCCUCUCUGCAGGUGUAAAAGAUUCUUUUUCUAAAUAAGCUCUGGGUUUAUUUCUUCC